GGGGCUGUCACUCCAAUGACGUGCGCAGCCGAUUCGACGAUUGGUUCCGCCCAGGCGCGAAAUGUAACGCGGGAAAGUCUAGGGCUCGGUAGCGGUGGUCGGGGGUUACCGCUGCUGAAUGGUGAGAAGCCGCGAUUGCUUCAGACAGCCGGGCAGAGACUGCACGGGGUUGGCAUCUCCACGGAGGAGUCUUCCUGUCAUGCACACCUGAGGCGUUCCUUUUCGGCCACCAAAGGAAAAGCCAAGGGAAGCACCCGCCCGGGGGUACAAGCGGUACCAGCGACCCGCGGAUCGAGAAGCAAAAGAAUCUCGGACCGACGCAGCAUGUCUGAGCUGCCGGGCCCUCAGCCCGUUAUCGUAUGUCCGGGAAGCUCCCCGAAGCGCGUCUUGGUGUCGGUCAUCAAAACCACUCCAGUCAAGCCGCCGCUCGCCAGCAGCGAGGAUCCCGCCCGCGUGCCCGUGCCUCCGCCACCCAUCCCUACCAGCCCGGGCUUCAGCGACUUCAUGGUCUACCCAUGGCGCUGGGGGGAAAACGCGCACAACGUCACCCUCAGCCCGCCGCCCGCCGCAUCUCAGCCUCUCCGCGAGGGAGGAGGAGGCAACGGCGGCGGGCUCCGGAGCGCCGUGGAGCGCUCCGCAGGAGAAGACGAAGAAGCGGGAAGCCCCGACAGCGGUACUGGGAGCAACGGGCACUUGAGGGAUGGGAUUAGAAGAGGCCGACCAAGAGCAGAGACAGUCCGAGAUCUAAUAAGUGAGGGAGAGCAUUCAUCUAGCAGAAUACGUUGUAAUGUUUGCAACAGAGUUUUUCCAAGAGAGAAGUCUUUGCAGGCACACAAAAGAACUCAUACUGGUGAAAGACCUUAUUUGUGUGAUUACCCAGAGUGUGGGAAAGCUUUUGUUCAGAGUGGGCAACUUAAAACACAUCAGCGUCUCCAUACAGGAGAGAAGCCUUUUGUCUGUGCAGAAAAUGGAUGUAUAAGCAGAUUCACACAUGCAAACCGCCAUUGUCCCAAGCAUCCAUAUGCAAAAUUAAGACGAGAAGAACCUACAGAUAAACUGAACAAAAAGCAAACUGCAGACAACAAAGCUGUUGCUGAAUGGCUGACAAAGUAUUGGGAAAUGAGAGAACAACGCACUCCUGUGUUGAAAAAUAAAUCUAUUCAUAAGCCUGACCAGGAGCAGCAAGAUCCCAUGGAAUAUCUUCAAUCUGAAGAUGAGGAAGAAGAAGAAAAAAAUACUGCUCAUUCAUCCCUUUGUAGCCGCCUUCAAGAACAGCGUGAACGCUUACAUGGGGCACUGGCACUCAUUGAGCUUGCCAACUUGGCCGGAGCCCCACUGCGACAGUAAUAGAAGAACUGAAGUGUGGAUUAACAAAAUGUACUGAAUUUUGUUAUUUAAACCAAUUAGCUUCUGGCAUAAGCUAAGCACCUUAUUGGCUUCCAUAGGCUGCUAUUAUGUAGAAUUUAUGAAGAAUGUUGUUACCCUAGAAAAUGGGGUAAAAGAAUUGCACUUUUUAUAUGGUAAAGCUUUUAAAGUAUUUUGUAAAUAGGAGAUUGUAUGAUGCAUUGUGUAACAUGAUCAUCUUACAGAAAGCUAGAUUUGCAAGGUUAGGGUGCUUUUAAUCACAGUUGCAUGGAAGUAAGUCACUGCAACCGGUGAAAUUUGCUUCCAUAAAAACAGUGUUUAAAGUUGGGAUGCCAGUCAUUCUUUAUUUCAGUUCUCACAGGAAGCACUUUCUGAACCUGUAUGGGAAUAAUGGUACAUACAUUCAAAGCAAAUUAAUAGAUUUUUUUAAAUUGGAUGUAAUCAGUGAUGUACCCAUGCUGUUUUGAAGAUAUUUUAUCUAAUAUUACUGACAGAUGCUAGAAUGUCUUAAUUUUAUGGCAGAAUAGAUGAAUUGGAUAGAUUUUCAUUUAGAAUCUUCUUUGUGACUGCUGACAUGGAGGCUGACUUUGCUUUUAUGGAUAGAUACCUUAAAGGUCUUUUGGUUGAGCAGCACUUAUUGUUCCCAUUAUAAAUAUGGGAAUAUUUGCACAUUGUUGGACUCUUCUAUAACCGAGUGAUUACUCUUGCAAAUUCUAGGCAUUGUAGUAACAUCAAGUAUGGGUUUCAGUCAGAGCUCUUAAACCCACAACAAUGGCAUUUGUGUUUUGUUCAUGGAGAUAUUUACAGGGUAGCAUUGAUUUUUAAGUAUAUUUUAGAAUUUCACCAGCAAACACUAAAAUGUUGCUUCAGAACAUUUUCCCGCAGAUAGGGGUUGGGUUUUGUUUUGGUUUGGGUUUUUUUGCGUGAUGCCACCUUAUUACUUUACCUGAAAUUUAAAUGCCAAGUUGUUUUCACUAAUUGUAGCUUUCAGCAGUAGUUACAAGUGUGAGAUGUUUAGGCUAUAUUCUUUCCAUAAGUGAAGGUGUAGUACAGCACUUAGUGCUUUUGAUCACUUAAAGGAAAACAAAAGUUCUAGUGGUAUACAUUAGAAAUAGUUUUAAGUAAUUUAUCAUAUGCCAGAUGUGUGCCUUGCUAACGGUCUGUAUAAACAAUGAAUACAAGUGCAUUAUAGGUUAACAAUUUUGAUUUUAGGAAGAGUCAAGGCUUCUGGCAUAAGAACAUAAAAUCAGUGAUAUUUUAUCAAAAUAACUUUUUUCAAUGAUCCAAGCUAGUACUAGAUGGUUUUUUUCCCCCUAGUUCCAGCUAUACUUUGAUAUCCUAGAAUUACAUAUUAAUGUUGGCAAAUGGCUAUAAAACCAGAAAGUUAGUGCAGUUUAUACAUUUGACAUAGUUUUAUUUUGGGGAUUGUUAAGAUUUUUCUGAAACCUUCAUCCUUAAAACAAAGCACUUCAACGUUGACCUUUGGGCUACAUUUAAAGUUAUAUUAAAGCAUUUAGAAAAUCAAUGUAAACUUUCAUGCUUUCUCUGAAUCUGAUUUAGCAGUAGAGAAAGGCAUUUGCACUUCAUGGAAUCCAGUUGAUGCCAUUGUAGGAGUAAAUUUAUGAUUAUAUUGCCCAGCUAUGAAAGUAAGGCCUAGUUUGUUGAUGCACAAACAUUUCCUUCCCAAUUCAAUAUUUUAUUUACACUGAAUGCAUAUUGAAAAUAUGUAUUUACUUAAAACACAUUCUGCCUAGCUAUAGGCAAGUCAAGCUGCUUUACCAAUUAUGUAUAAAAUACAUCUUUGGACAAAAAAAAAAAACUCCAGAUAACCAUUUGUAAAAAGUUGGAUUUUUAAAAAAUGGAAGUUCAAGAAUUCUCUGCUGUGUAUGAUUCAGCUGUACUUCUGGCAUGAGUUAAAAUGCUGUAAUUCUAAUAAGCUUUGAAUAAAAUGUUGCCUGGACUUUA